AUGCUGCAACUGAAGAUCCCACAUGCCACAACUAAGACCUCACACAGUCAAGUGAAGGAAGUGUGUUUUGACCAAGAACACCCAGGUCAGAAGUGGACAAACCAGUUUCGAUGCCAUCUUUUUGCCUUCAAGUCAAGAACCCUUUUGCUUAUACCAGAUUGCGAUUGCUCAUUUAUGAGUGAAGCCAACUGCCAAGUCCUGAGGACACUCAAGCACCCCAUCAGAGAGGUCCAUGUGAUGAGCAAAUUAAGUCUCUUGUCAAGAGUCAUGUCCUAUUGUAGAAGCCUCCAAGAUGGUCCUCCAUGGUCCCCUCCCACAAUGAGUUAG